AUGGACCGGAUGCCUCGACGUCGGAUGAAGAUUUGUGACUCGAGAGUCCUGAAACCAACUCUUCGCGCCUUCGCCCUGGGCUAUCUUACUACAACCGGGCCUAGAAUCAUAUCCUUCCUACGGAUUCUUCGCAGGAAGGAUUUGAGCACUGAAACCAAGAUCAGAUACCUUGCUUCGAUCUUGGCUGGUUCGCUCAGGUGGAACCGAUUCCCUGCAUUUUGUGCUCUUCUAGCUGCAGGUUCAACGCUAUUACCCCUUCUCCUGAACAAGAUCGUAUCAACAGCCUUCAAUCUCCAUGGGUGUACAAACCAGGUGUUCCCGGCUGUAAAGCUGAGCAGGUUUUUACGAUUUGUGGCGAUCUUUACGUCUGCUUGGGCUUGCUUUCGCCUUAUCAACAGUAGGAGACGACCUGAAUCGAAACCCAAUAGUAUCAGAAACGGGGGUUUCCCAGCUAGGAAGGAAAUUGAGGCAAAGACAUCUAGCUUGGGCGGGAGCGAUUCCCUUUCCAGGGCAACAGAUCGGUCCGAACUAGCAGGAAGAACUCUAGAUUUAACUCUUUUCGCAAUGGUUCGGGCGGUGGAUGUGCUUGCUUGUAUCUCCUGGUCUCACUGGAAGCGGUAUCGACGAGCUCGCAAACGCUUUACGCGCAUAGAGUCGAUAAUGCCGCAACUCUCGGACACUGGUUUAUUUGCUGCAACUGCAGCUCUUGUCAUGUGGGCUUGGUUUUAUCUUCCGGAGAGGCUGCCCUUCUCCUACGGGAGGUGGAUCAGUGAAGCCGCACAAAUUGACCAUCGACUCAUUGAGGCUUUGCGAAGUGCACGGAGAGGCGAAUGGACCUAUGGGCGACCGAAAUCGAAACUGGUCUUAGAACCAAUGUGCGAGGACUACGGUUGGCCGAGAGUCUGGGGUGACACCUCUCAGACUGUCCCGAUUCCGUGUGAACUUGUCCAUAUGGGUUGUGGCCCAAAUUGUGAAGUCCAUGCCAUAUGGCGAUUCGCAAAGUCAUUCAAAUUCGUGCUCACGACGGAUUUACCCAUACAACUUCUAUUGCGCUCAAGGUCUCCUUCCCUUCAAGGCUAUCUUGGGGCAGUGAAGGCAUCUCUUCGCUCUUCUGCUUUCCUGGGCCUUUUCGUUAGCAUUUUUUAUUAUUCUGUAUGCCUAGCGCGCACUCGACUUGGCCCUAAGAUAUUCGCCCGGGACAAGGUUACGCCUAUGAUGUGGGAUUCCGGAUUAUGUGUCGCUGCGGGCUGCAUGAUGUGCGGCUGGAGUAUUUUUGUCGAAAGCGCCAAGAAACGUCAAGAGAUUGCUCUUUUUGUCGCUCCAAGGGCGAUUGCUACUUUUCUUCCUCGGCGGUAUGAGCGGAAGUAUCUAUGGAGAGAGCAGUUGGUGUUUUCUCUCAGCACUGCAGUUGUUUUGUCGUGUGUUCAAUCAGAUCCCAAAAAGAUACGGGGUGUUUUAGGAAGGAUUCUGGGCCAGGUUUUCGGAAAAACAUGA